UUAAGAUUGAUGCGUCAAACGAUGUGGGCUCGAACGGGCUCGGAGGCGAAAUUCGCUCAUUCUCGGUGUUCUCCCAUGGGUUCUCAUGGGUUUAUUGCCGGUAAGCGCGAAUUGUAUACCCGUACGAGGCCCACGGGGCAACUUUGCGAUUCGGCUUCGGACGUCAGCAACUCCGAUGCUCCUAGCCCACCCUCCCCGUCGGAUUCCACAUCCCCUUCCCUUUGCCCCGGUCACCGCGUCCUUUCGGUCCUUUGGCAGUCCCGUUUGUCUGGUUCCAAUAUGGCCGGGAUUGUUUGAGAAGAGAGCAAUGCAUUCGAUACAUGUUUCGUAGGCUAACGGGUGUUUCCGCAGAACUUGCAACGCAAUGGAUCCAUCGAGGCUAUACGCACAGCUGUGCAGCAAGGCCGUCCCACUUGUACAGACAUUGUGCCCGGAAGUCCGCUGAGGCACUUUCUAUACAAGUCGAGGGGUAACGUGCAGUUUACCAUGCCGAGCUAUACACCUUACUUCGAGGGUGAUCUGGAGAAGAGACGGUCCGUAUCCCCACCCUUUGCACGUGAUCUCGCAAUCAACCGCUCCACAUGUGUUCCAAGAAGGCUUACUGACACUACCGUCUCCUCUAGAUUGAUCGACCUGUACAAUAAACUUCACAGUAAUCUGCACAACAAGCCGUCCACGCUUAAGGUGCAUCAUGAAACCAAUACGACGUGUAUAGCGUUAGCGUGGAGUACACCGCUGUUUGAGCUUUAUGCUGUUGCGCCGGCAAAUACGUCGAGAGCAGCGCUCGCGCAGAGUGCGAACAAGGUCAUUCAGUGGGUGCGGCGAGAAGAGGAGAGAGUCUUCAUCAUCGGAGGUGCUGUAUUCUAAGAAGUCAAGCAUGCAAGGCACUGCAGUCGGUAGAGCUUAUAUACCAAUCAAAGCAAGGCAAGGGAAAUAAAAGCAUA